AUGGACAACUUGAAUCUGUUGGAUGGAUUCUGUAUUCCUAGAAUGUACGUACCAACUUCAUACAGUCAGAUGAAAGUACCGGAAGUGUUAAUUUUUUCCGAUGCUUCAGAGAAAGCCGUAGGUGCAGCUGCUUAUCUCAAGACAACAGAUGACCUCGGUCAACAGCAGUUGGGGUUCAUUAUGGGCAAAUCCAAAUUAGCACCUUCAGCUGGUAAUAGUAUAUCUCGCUUAGAGCUUUGCGGAGCAGUCCUGGCGACAGAAAUUGGGCAGUUCCUUGCAGAACAGCUUGAGAUACUUCCAAAUAAGAUGAAAUAUUUUGUUUAUAGCAAUGUUGUUCUCGGUUAUAUAAAAAAUGACACACGGAGAUUUUAUACCUAUGUUAGCAAUAGAGUAGCCAGGAUUCCUCAUGCUACUUCACCAGAACAAUGGAAUUAUGUGACUACUCACUUGAAUCCUGCAGACGUUGCUACAAGGGAUGUGUCACAAGACAUUUUGACAGCCAUACAAAUAUGGUUGAAAGGACCUGAGUAUAUCUUAAAUGGCAUGGAAACAUCAAAAGAAGAACCAGAAAUGUUUCCCCUCAUUGAACCAGAUUCUGAUAAAGAAAUCCGUCCAGUUUCUCCUAUUAAGUAUGUAAGAGACGGCAAUCUUGCAGUAAAGUCAAUACUCUUGAAGGACAACAGCACAGUUGCCAAAGUUUGUCUUUUUGACAAACUUGCAGAAAAUGAGUAUGCCGAAGGAAACAAUUUGCAAAUUACAGCAGUGUAUCCAAAGAAGUACUUAGGUGUUGAUCAGUUGACUGCAACUGCAGUAUCAAAAUGUCAGUUUUUAUCUGACCAAAAUUUCCCCGAGAUGAUUGAAGAAGAUUAA